ACACUUUCUUAAAGAUCCGUCUGGAAUACCUCAGCGUUACGUUUGAGUGGAACAUGAAAAUACCCGAUGAAAAAAGCAGAUUUUGUUUGCUCUCUUUUUAUCUGUCUGAAACGAUGAAAUUGUCUUGAUCAAAUAGGUAAAUGCAUCAGACUUACAGUAGGUUGUUGUAUAGGUAAUUUGAAGGAAUAUGGGCAAACUCCAGUCAAAACAUGAGUGUAAGCGCAGAUUAAGCCCUGAAGGUGGUAGUUUUGCUGCGAACGCGCUUACCUGUCAGGGAGAACCUGGCCGCAUAACAACCUCCACCCACGCGAUCAAACGGAAACAGGAGUUUUGUGGCAAGGACCUGAAGGACACUCACAUCCAUACCAGUGACUGCCACCUAGAGGUGGCCCUGCCCUUAGAGAGGGGAGGUGACAGGGAACACAACCACAGUCAUACAGUGUCGGACCUCCCUCACCAGGAAUGGAUCUUCACUCUCUGCUUUGACAACAGUGGCAAAGUCACCAAGGAGGGCAUGUCUAGGCUGAUGCACUCCAUCUAUGAGGGGGUGGAAACGUCCAUCAAGCAGCCAACCAAUGGGAGCACAGCGCUGAGGGUCAAACUGGUGUUGACCCCCGUCAGCCAAUCAGACAGGCUCUCUCAGUCAGAUCACGACACGAGUCACACUCAGGAAGUAGGAAAAGCAGACAGGAAGUACUGUGUGGAUGAGAACAUAGACCGCAGGAACCACUACCUGGACCUGCCCGGGAUCGAGAACUACUCCUCAAAGUUUGACGACAAGGAGGCCCCAUCCCAGGAGCCAGAACACGUCCACUCAGCUCACCAGCGCUGCCCAGUGGGGGUGAGAGAGAACUGCAGCGCCACCAAGUCCCAAGGCAGAGACCUGUCGUUCCUCAAGUCCCUCCGGGGCAAGGUGGUGGGAGGAGGAGGAGGGGGGACCAAGUCCACCAGGUUUCAUGGCCAAUGGCCCCAGCCCAAGCCCCAGCCUACCCUGUGGCCCCAGCCCCAGCCUGCCCUUCAGUACUCCCGCAUCAAGCGGUUUCGCUCAAGGGCCCAGAAAACCGCAGGCUCCCCUUCCAGGCCCCAGCUCUUCCACCAUCAGCCUCCCGGCCCCCAAGCCGGGCCUCCCGUUCCCCAGGCUGGGCCUCCCGGCCCCCAAGCCGGGCCUCCCGUUCCCCAGGCUGGGCCUCCCGGCCCCCAAGCCGGGCCUCCCGGCCUCCAAGCUGGGCCUUCUGGCCUCCAGGCUGGGCAAGGGGAAGGGAGGGAGGUGUUCCCCAGCCAGCCAGCCUCCAAUGGGGGCUUAGUCUCCUUGGCACAGAGGCACCACCUCCACCAUCACAAGCACCACCAUCACCACUACCACUACCCACCAACAUGACUGCUGUCCAGCCUGACUGGCUUAGCCCACCGAGCUGAAAUCCAGACACUGACCUGGAGAACUUUUGCUAUAUUUUUGGGCAUCAGACCACAUGACAUCAAAACUCCACUAAAGGCUUUUAGAGACAGCCCCAUGGCAUGCUGGGAUUUAUUGGUGUUGGACGCCACUAUUGGUCCAAUAGCAGGUGCUCAUUCCUGCACAGUGUAUUCAGACUGUACAUAUAGAUCUGAGCUUAUGACAGUACAAAUGAAUUCUUCUAUUGCAUACGCUAUGCAACUUCAAAGCCCUAUAGACUGUUUAUUUCCACUCAGGGGAUGGUAACUUGCCACAAAUGGCUUUAUUAAUUCUGAGAUUUACUGUAUGUUUUUAACAACAUCUGUACAAGAGUGUAAUAAAGAUGUUUUAUAUUAAUUCUAUUUUUCUACAUGAAAGCAUGAAGCUCAAUAUUUUGUACUAUUGUGUUUUGCGUAAAACUCAGGAUCCAACAAAGACUGCUGUUUUUAAAUGUGUAAACACCAAUUUGUAUUGAAUUAUUAAAAGGUUUUGUUGAUCUUACCAGGAA